AUGGCCGUGCCGGCGCCGGUGGUUCUUGGAGUGGCCAUGGUCGUCGUCGUCCUGGCCAGCAGCGCGACCGGCGCGAGCGGGCAGCUGAGGAUGGGGUUCUACGCCGAGAGCUGCCCCGGCGUGGAGCGGAUGGUGGGCGACUUCGUCCGCCAGCACGUCCGCCGCGUGCCCACCGUCGCCGCCGCGCUGCUCCGCCUGCACUUCCACGACUGCUUCGUCAGGGGUGGGCCGUCGUGGCGCGUGCCGACGGGGAGGAGGGACGGCACGGUGUCCACCAUGCAGGAGGCGCUCAACGACAUCCCCAAGCACACCAUGACCUUCCCGGAGCUGGCCAACCUGUUCGCCAGCAAAGGCCUCGGCGUCCGUGACCUCGUCUGGCUCUCAGGUAUACCCACCUCUACAUGA